AUGGUGAUCACAUUCCUCAUGUCAGCACUUGAGUCAAUGUGUAAAGAACUUGCCAAGUCCAAGGCAGAAGUUGCCUGUAUUGCUGUAUAUGAAACAGAUGUCUUUGUAGUUGGAACUGAGAGAGGAAGAACCUUUGUCAAUUCCAGGAAAGAUUUCCAGAAAGAUUUUGCUAAAUACUGUGUUGUGGAAGAUGAGAGAGACAAAAAGCCAAAGACUAUAUCACCUAUAAAAAGACUGACAGUGGAUAUUGUGGAACUGGAAGCUCUUAGAAAGUCUGUGGAGGACUUCUUCUGCCUUUGCUAUGGUAAAGCUUUAGGAAAGUCAACAGUGGUACCUGUGCCAUAUGAGAAGAUUCAGAGGGACCAGUCUGCUGUGGUGGUGCAGGGCCUGCCUGAGGGACUUGCAUUUAAACAUCCAGAAAAUUAUGAUGUUAAAACCCUGAAAUGGAUUUUGGAAAACAAAUCAGGAAUCUCAUUUAUCAUCAAAAGGCCUUUCCUAGAGCCAAAGAAACACGUGGGAGCUCAUAUGACAGAUCCUUCACAUUCAGUGAUACCACCAGGUGGAAGUUGUCCUUCUAUUCAAGUGAAAGCAGAACCAAAUGAGGAUUCUGGACUUUCUUUGGACAAGAAAACAGUAGAAGUGAAGGAGGAAUCGGAUGAUCCUGACUACUACAAAUACAAUAUUCCAGGUCCUUCUGAAACAUCAGAGGUGGAUGGAAAAAUUGCUCUUGGAAAAAGUUACACAGAUUCUUCCCAGCAUAGUUCUUCAGAAACAAGUGAGGAUCCUGAGGUCGAGGUCACCCUUGAAGAUGAUGAUGAGUACCUGCCUCCCAGCAAGAAACCUAAGAGCACAGAGUCAACUAAUGAAGCUGGCAAUACUGGGAGAUACAGAACAAAAGAGUUCAGUUUUGAUAAAUGGAAUGCAAGAAUUACAGAAUUGAGAAAGCAAGUUGAAGAGCUGUUUGAAGAAAAAUUUGCUAAAGCUAUAAAAGCAACAGGUCCAGUGUCUAUCCCAUAUCCACUCUUCCAGUCACAUGCAGAAGACUUGUAUGUGGAAGGGCUGCCAGAAGGAGUUCCCUUCAGGCGGCCAUCCACGUACGGCAUCCCUCGCCUCGAAAGGAUACUCCUGACAAAGGAGCGGAUCCACUUCGUGAUCAAAAAGCAUGAGCUUUUGAAUUUGGCACGAGAAGAGGCACCAUCAGACAUAGAAGCAGCAGGAGUUCCCUUCCAAAAAUCAUGCUUGGCUGCUACUUGUGAGAUGGAUGUGACAGUUCGAAGCCAGAGAGGAAGGGCAAAGUUCGUUUGUGAUGGAUACCUUUAUGUAUUCGAUAGACCCAGCCGAGCCGGGGACGGUGUUAAAUUCUGGCGUUGUGAGCAGAAAAACUGCAAGGCCAGAAUUCACACCAGGAAUGGCGAGUUGAUCAAGAUGAUCCACCAACAUUCCCACUUGCCUUCGCCAGCCAAUGUUGAGGUGAAAAAAUUUCUGACGGGCAUAAAGCGGCGAGCUGAGGAAACCUUGGAGGGUGCAACCGAAGUGAUUAACUCGUGCGUGUCCAGCCUGAGGUCAGAGGUUCAGGCUGUGAUUCCCAAAACAGAAGCUUUGCGGAAAACCAUCCAGCGAGCACGGAAUCAAUUGGAGGCAGCACCUUCAGACCCAGCAAGCAUGGAUUGCCUGGUGUUACCCAAGGAAUAUAAGCUCUAUUCACCCACACCAGGCGUGCAGGAGUCGUUCCUGUUUGGUGAUUUUGGAGAAGGAUGCAGAAGGAUCCUAGUGUUUGGCAGAGCAAGCUGGCUGCAGAUCCUGCAAACAUCCGACACCUGGUAUGUGGACAGCACUUUAGCAGUAGCUCCCAAACUCUUUGCCCAGGUCUGUGUGAUCCUGGCAAGGCAGUAUGGGGGUGUGCACCCAGUGCUGUACGCCCUUCUGCCAGACAAGGAGCUCUCCACCUACAAGAGGUUGUUUGAUUUUAUUAAAAUCCUGGUGCUUAACAAAUGGCCACAGUCCGUUUACUGCGAGUACGAAAUGGUGAUCAUGCAGGCCAUCAAGGAAUGCUUCCCUGGAGCAGCUCUCAAAGGCUGCUUCUUCCACCUGGUUCAGAGUAUGAGGAAGCAUUUGGCAUCAAUACAUGCCAUUCAAGAAUUUGACACAAACACUGAGUUUGCCCUGAAGGCCAACAUGGUUGUGGCCUUAGCAUUUGUGCCUGUCCCAGACUUGGGGGAAUAUGUUGAUGCUCUGGAGGAGUAUCUGCCCAAAGAGCAUCAUUGUCUCCUCAACUGGUUUGAGGACAGCUAUGUUGGGCAUCCAGAUGGGACAAGGUGUAGCAGACAACCUCCUCUGUUUCCACCAUCCAUGUGGAAUCUGUUUGACAGAACAUGGAGCACUGAGGAUUGCACUACCAACCAUUCUGAAGCUGAUCGUCACCUCCGAGCUAAAUUGGGAAUAAGCCACCCAACCAUCUGGAAGUUCAUCGAUGGCCUCCGAAAGGUACAGAAGGACAGAGACACCUACCAUGAACAGCUUGCAAUGCAGUGGCAGUCCAGGAUUGCCAAGCUGAGGAAGGCAGUGGAGGAUCUCUUCUGUAAAAAGUUUGCUGAGGCCUUGGGGAGCACUGAGCCAAAAGCUAUUCCAUACCAGAAAUUUGAGGCCCACCCUGCUGACCUGUAUGUUGAAGGGCUGCCAGAGAACACCCCCUUUAGGAGUCCCUCUUGGUAUGGAAUCCCUCGCCUUGAAAAAAUCAUUAAAAUGGGCAAGAAGAUAAAAUUUGUCAUCAAAAGGCCAGAGCUGCUGACUGCAACUGAAGCUACUCAGUCCAACCCAAACACCCCAGUCAAAGAAGAUUGGAAUGUCAGGAUCACAAAGCUCAGAAAGCAAGUAGAAAACAUAUUUAAUAUGAAGUUUGCCCAAUCUCUGGGGCUUUCAGAGGCAGUGAAAGUUCCCUAUCCUGUAUUUGAGUCAAACCCUGAGUACUUGUACGUCAAAGGUUUGCCAGAAGGAAUCCCCUUCAGGAGUCCCACCUGGUUUGGAAUUCCACGCCUGGAAAGAAUUAUCAGUGAGAGUGGCAAAAUCAAAUUUGUUGUUGAAAAGCCUGAGCUGGUCAUUUCCCAUUUGCCUCCAGAACUGGCUAGUAAAAUAAAAACUAAAGCAACGAGCCCGAAGCGUUUAAGGUCACGAAAUCCUGCAGGGCAUUCAAAGGUUCCAGAGACUGUUCAAGAAGGUUCUAAUAAAUCACAAAAAAAAGAUGAUCAAACUAGUCUUCAAACCAACGGGUCCAAUAGCUGUUUGAAAACACGAGGAAGAGAGUUUUCUUUUGAGGCAUGGAAUGCCAAAAUUACUGACUUAAAGGAGAAAGUAGAAAAUCUUUUCAAUGAAAAAUGUGGGCAAGCUCUGGGGUUGAGUAAACCAGUGUCAGUGCCCUUUGCAUUGUUUGAAUCCUCCCCGGAUGUUUUCUACGUGGAAGGACUUCCCGAAGGCGUCCCCUUCCGCCGGCCUUCGACUUUUGGAAUCCCAAGACUAGAGAAGAUCCUGAGAAACAAGUCAAAGAUCAAGUUCGUUAUUAAAAACCGUGAGAUGUUUGAGGCAGCUAUUAAGGGAAAUUCUCCUGAAGCCCCCCAAAAAAAAAAUUCAUCUGAUACAGCCAAAACAGCAAGUACCAGACCAACCACAGUGGUGAACACAGCUGCAGGUGUGGAAGAUCUUGACGUCAUUCAAGUGACCAUCCCAGAUGAUGAAAGAGUCUCAAAAGUAGAAAAUGCCAGGCACUUGAGAGAGCAAGUAAAUGACCUUUUCAGCAGAAAAUUUGGUGAAGCCAUUGGUAUGAAUUUUCCUGUGAAGGUCCCAUACAGGAAAAUCACUAUCAACCCUGGCUGUGUGGAGGUGGAUGGAUUGCCUCCUGGUGUGGCCUUCAAAGCUCCCAGUUACCUGGAAAUCAGCUCCAUGAGGAGGAUUUUGGCAUCACCACAUUCAAUCAAAUUUACUAUCAUCAGGUACAUCAUUGCCAUUGAUCAGAUGAUGCAGGGGUUGAGAGAACAAAUGGAGAUUGGAAAGAACAGAGAAUUUCCAGGACUUGUGAUUAACAGUGAGCCAGCUGAACCAAGCCAAGUAGAAGCACCUGCAAGAGAUUCAGACCCAGUUACCAGAACAAUGGUCCUGAGAAAAGCCAUGGAAUUGCUGAAGAACUCAAAAAUGCUUCAGAACUAG